CUAUACCUGCUGGUUGUUCUAUCAUGAUACCCAUUCAGGUCCUCCAUCAAUCAGUUGAACAUUGGGAACAGCCUGAGCUCUUUAGACCAGAAAGGUUUAGUCCUGAUGAGAAGGAGUCACGUCAUCCUAUGUGUUAUAUGCCAUUUGGUGCUGGUCCUCGUAAUUGUAUUGGUAUGAGGUUUGCAUUGAUGGAAGCUAAAAUGUGUCUAAUGAACUUAUUGAAGAAAUACAAGUUUGAGAGAGCACCAGACACACAAGUUCCGUUAAAAACUCGUAUUGGUAUUACACAGUCACCAGCUGAUGGAAUAUUUCUAAAAGUGCUACUGAAAUGAACUUUUUAAAAUUUAAAUAAACUCAGCUAUGAAUUAGAUAUAUUUUUUAAUUAGCUUCCAGAGCUCUUGUCAUCACAGUGGGAGAUCAGUUGAGGAUUUAUACUUAUUAUGAAUUGAUACUUUUAUGUCAUGUAGAAUUUGAUAUUAAAAGGGAAAUAUUAAUACAAGCACAAUUA